GAUUCCCCCCUCAAAUUGAUUGUAUUAAGAUCCUUGGAGAUUAUCUUUAAGAGAUGUAAAUGGCAAUGCUGAUCACGUGUUGGCGUGUAAUGAGCUGAAUCUGCUUCUGUGCUUCCUGGAUCCUUUUGCUUCAACCAUCAAUAAUCCUUCCGCCUCAGAAAAAACCCUGGCAGCAAUUCCAGAUGCCACCUCUCGGCUGCACAGUCAUUAAACCAUUGAGCCCUCAGUGAGGGCUGCAUCACUGAUACCAACAGGUAUAUAUUUAAAAAAAAGUGAGGGCGUAAUGCCCGCUCUCCAACCUGAUUAAAAGAGGGAGACGCAGAGAGGUCUAUUCCAUUCCCCGAAGAUCCUGAUGGGACCUCUCUGUUUAAGCUCUGGUCUCUGUUUACGAGCCAUGGCAUUUGUUUCCUGCACGCUUUCUGCCAGCCUGCCUACAGUGAGCAUCGGCGUGUCUGCAGACCAUGGGGCUCAAGUCCAGGAAUGGUGAUGGCUCGGGCGAAGGCAAAAAGCUGCGGGUGGGAUUCGCUACUGAUCCCGAGCCCGGGGUGGGGGGACUCGGUCUGAACUCCGGGGCGGACCGGGACGGCGCUCUGCUGCUGGAGGGACGGAGCAAAGAAGACAACAAACCGGGACCGAAGGAAGGUCUGAACCUCCUGACCAAACCUCUGAGCCACAAUCAACCGAACAGAAGGAAAGCCACCUACAGAAAACUGCAGAACUUUAUCUAUGAUGCGCUAGAGAGACCCGGAGGAUGGGCACUGGUCUAUCACGCCUUCGUAUUUUUGUUAGUCCUUGGAUGCUUAAUCCUGGCCAUCUUGUCAACAUUUUCUGAAUUUGAGGCUCUCUCACAAAAAUGGCUCCUGACACUGGAAGCUGUUACCAUCGUUGUGUUUGGAUUAGAAUUCGCUCUCAGGGUCUGGGCAGCUGGCUGCUGUUGCCGAUUCAGAGGAUGGAGAGGUCGCUUGAAGUUUAUCAGAAAGCCAUUGUGUAUCCUAGACAUCAUCGUCCUGAUUGGCUCUGUGGUGAUUGUUGCUGUGGGCACAUUGCAGAACAUAGUAGCAACAUCACUGCGAAGCUUACGUUUUCUACAAAUACUGCGCAUGUUGCGAAUGGACCGGAGAGGAGGCACGUGGAAGCUUUUAGGAUCAGCUAUUUGCUCUCACAGCAAGGAACUCAUCACUGCCUGGUACAUAGGAUUUCUGUCACUCAUUCUGGCCUCGUUCCUGGUUUACCUGGUUGAAAAAGACGAUAAUGAUGCCAGAAACAGUACACAGGACUUUAAUACCUAUGCAGAUGCGCUGUGGUGGGGUUUGAUUACACUGACUACAAUUGGUUAUGGUGACAAGACACCAAAGACUUGGGCGGGUCGUCUUUUAGCAGCAAUGUUUGCUCUUGUAGGAGUGUCAUUUUUUGCUUUGCCAGCUGGCAUUCUUGGCUCUGGGCUGGCUCUUAAAGUUCAGGAGCAGCAUCGUCAAAAGCAUUUUGAGAAAAGAAGAAAUCCUGCAGCAAGCUUGAUCCAGGCUGCGUGGAGAUUUUAUGCCACAAAUCUCAACAGGAAUGAUCUUAUUGCCACAUGGAGAUAUUACGAAAGUGUCAUCACAAUUCCUUUCUUCAGGCCUCCACCAAAGCAUUCUGAUGACGCAUUAACUGAUGACAUUACACUGACAUCAACAAAACAGUGUAGAAUGAAAUGGAACAGAAUGGACAACAGAGAGAGAAAAGAUCAAGGGGAUGAAGCUACCAGCCAGAAGCUGAGCCUUUUUGAACGUGUUCGUAGUGCUGGACCCAGAGCUGGCAAUGUUAAGAGCAAGUUUUUUACACCUCAAAACACCGACGGAGUAGAGGAUAGCCCGUCAAAGGAUCAGAAGAGUUUGGGUUUCAGUGACCUUCGAGCUGCAGUUCGCAUUAAAGCCUUUGGCUUCAGGCAGAGCUCAGAAGAUGCUGCUGCUGAGGUGGACCAAGAGCCUGAAGACAAGGGUUACCAAGCUGAACUCAUGGAGGAUUUGAUCCCUACAUUGAAAACCGUCAUUAGGGCUACAAGUAUCAUGACAUUUUUUCUCAACAAGAAAAAGUUCAAGGAGACUUUACGACCUUAUGAUGUGAAAGACGUUAUUGAGCAGUACUCAGCAGGACAUUUGGACAUGCUUUCAAGAAUAAAGUAUCUCCAGUCAAGAAUUGAUAUGAUUCUUGCUCCUGCACCCCCAUCAACUCCCAAGCAGAAAAAAUCAACCUCAAAAGGAGGUUUUGUAUACCCUUUGCAACAGUCACCUAAAAUUGAUCCUGAUGUCGCCAAAGGUUCUGAUCCGGAGGCUGAAGACCAAAGUAUGAUGGGAAGAUUUGUCAAGGUUGAAAGACAGGUUGAAGGAAUGGAGAAAAAGAUUGACUUCCUUGUGGAUAUGCAUAUUCAGCACAUGAAUACCCAACCAUCUGCAUCAACUGGCUACUAUUCAAUAAAAGGGGCAGGGACAUCAGUUCAGCAAAGUCCAGUUGAGGACAAAGCAGAAGACAAAUACUCAGAGAUUAAAAGAGUCAUCUCAAACUAUCCUGAUGCCUGCAGCUAUAUGGCUCCUCAAAAUUGUUAUCAAGUUCAAGUUUCUUCUGUUGCUCCAUUUGGUUUCUUCAGACAGAGUCCAGGAAGUACAAAAUUUUCAACUUUAGCUGCUGACUUAUCAAGAUUUCCUCCACCUCCUGCUCCAUCAUACACUGAAAGACCAACAGUUCUGCCAAUAAGCUCACUGACUGACAGUGAUGGUAACGUAUGUCCCAGCUAUCACGGAGCAGACCGAGCAAGUCCUUUCUCUGAUAAAUUAUCACGGAGGCAUGGGAGAAGCACAAGAGACAGUGAUACUCCAAUCUCACUCCUUUCAGUCAACCAUGAGGAACUGGAGCGCUCUCCCAGCGGAUUCAGCAUCUCCCAAUCAAAGGAUGACUUGACUUUUAGUAUUUAUGGUGGAGGAAGUUGGCCAAAAUCAAAACUUUAUUUAGCAGAGGGUGAAACGGACACAGAUACCGAUCCUUACACACCAUGUGGUUCUGCACCUCUAUCAUCAACAGGGGAUGGACUUCCUGACAAUAUAUGGCCUACAACAAAUAAGCCAAUUUAGCAAAGUCACGGGAUGGCCCAUAAAUGUACAGUCACUAUAAAUGGUUCACAUCUCUUGCUUCCUGCAGCACGCCUACAGCUUAUUGUUACAAUGCAUUUCACUGGCAAAAUCGCAUGUGAUGCAUGGCCUUGUGCUAGAGAACUGGUAAUAUUUUCAAUAUUCCAAAAGCAAUUUUUUUCAUAAAUUUUAAAAGUUGUAUAGAUUUGCAUGUAGCUGCAUGGUUUUCAACAAUAUUAACAAAAAAAAGCCUCCUUUCUUCUGUGUUAUUCUACAAUAAUGAAAUAAUUUUGAUCCCUACAAUAUACGUGGGUUAGAAUCUAUGCAGAAAGUUAUUAGAUACAUUUCUUUUUAACAAUACUUAAACCUGCAAGCAAAUUCUUAAAGAGACAGUGUCCCCUUAAUUAACCUAAGGGUUUGCCAAACCAUUCUUUUUGUCACACAUGCCAUCUAAGUUACCUGUAUGUUUAUAACUUUGCCAUUUUAAUGACAGAUAGAAAAAAGUGAAAGUGUGUUCUGAAAAAUGGAAGAUUAAAUAGAAAUGAAAUUUAAUAAUCUGCCCAGUUGUAUAUUGAAAAAAACAAACAGAAUCAUGUUCUUUGUGAAAUGCAAAAAUCCCCAAAUACACAGCUGACUAACUACAUAAAGGGGCCUGAUGAAGUAAGGUAAAUAAUCCUGCACAUUGUUAGGGUUAUGGUUCUACCUCAUAACUGGUGCAAAUUUCACAAAUCAUCACUUCCCACUUUUUUAUUAAAGAUUUUUCAGAAUCUUUUGCACCUAUUCAAGUGCACUUAUCUUGGCAUAUCUUAAAUGUUGUGCAUUGAUCUAUUAUGACACAAAGAUAUUGCAGGGCUGUUUGGAGCAGCUGAAAAUACAAUAGUGACAGAAAAUAUAACCACAGGAAUAUCACAUUUCUUUAUUUUGUCAAAUAUUUGUAUUUUGCAGAGCAGUGAAGUGAUACAGUAUGAAUCCCAUGGCUUUCACAAACACAUCCUAAGAUCUUCAAUGUCACAUUAGUUAAACUGUAUUAAACCUAAUUGAUUGUAAGAGUUCAUGCUAGCAAUGUAUCAGCAGAACAAAUCCACUGUAUUUGUUCCCUGUGAUAAAAUACUUAAAUUAUUCAAGAAUUAGAACAAACAAUUUUAAAGAAUAUAGGAAAUACAGUAUUAAAUUCUCAAAAUAAUUCAGAUAUCAGCUAAAUUGAGUUAAGUGACUUUAAGAGGAAUUAAUUGUACUGGAUGGCUUGUAAAACUAGAGGCUCAUGGAAUAAUAUUACUAGUUAAACCACAACAUUGCUUUAAGCAAAUUGGAUUACUUCAUGUCUUGUGGUUUUCUUGUCACAAAUAAAUGAGUUUCCACUUAUCUUCUUUUCUGCUGCAAAGGAUUUUUAAAAAAUCUUCAGAUCUCGGUUUUCAGGAAACUCACACAAAUAAAGGUAGCCACUACAUUAAGUAAAGAUAAUGUAGAUUAAUGUAUUCACUUGUUGCAAAUUAUUUAGCAAUUUUAACAGUGUGCACCAUACAAGUCUUAAAAAGAUUAUAACUUCAACAAAAAUUCCAGUGCACUGAGUGACAACACAGAGCUGUACAGGUAACCAAGACAUUGUUCAAAUGUAACAGUAAAUGCUACAGAUUCCAAAGGCACCAUUAUGUCUAUAAAUAAUGAGAAUGCCAUUGCAUUCUGAUAAUGUUGGCUUCCAUUCCUUUUUGAAGAAAUUGGUUACAUGUUCCUAUUGUUUUCACCUGGGGGAUAAGGCUAAUGGAUUUUAAUUCAUAAUUGUGUUUUGAAAAGGUAGCCCCUUCUAAGAUGUGACCCAUCUGUAGAUUUGAAUGCGAACAAUAGUAGCAUCACUAUAAAGGAUUUAACAAGAUAAAAUGUAUCAUGCAGUUAUUAUCCAUAAACAUCAUUUGGCAUAAAUAUAAAUCAAUGAAAACAAUUCAUAAUCUUUCAAGACUUUAUUUUGGAAUAGAUUGUGUACAAAGUGUUUUGAGAGUAUAUAUAGCAGUAUCUGUGAAUGACAAGCAUGCCAAGGAUAUCGCAUAUUAGCAACAUAUCAAUUUUACAUGUUUUAAUAGCCCAACAAGAGAAAAAGGGAAAAAAAGGAUGUUGUCUCUUUAGGAAAAUGAGGAUGAAAGGGCCUGCCAUACCUUUUGUAACAUGAACACUUUCUUCUACUCUUUAACUGUAUUUUGUAUUAAUGUUUCAAUCUAUUAGAAGUCAAUAUAUUGAGACUGAGAGUAGCUGACAGGUAUUUGUGCCUUGCCCAGGAGACAUUUUUCUUGAUAAUUACAAACAAUUAAAUUCCAGUUUGCUGUUUCAAAUUAAGAAGGAAACAUGAUUUUCAUACAAGUGGCCUUCAGUGCUGUUUCUAUGUUUUGUUAACUGUAUUUCUAAUCAACAGAUUUGAAUGGUUCUUGUAACGUAUAUCUUCAAGCAGCCCAACCUUUUGGAAGAUUUAAUGUUGUUUAUUUAAAAUAUAUAUUAUUUAGACCUAUAUUUAAGCUUAGUGUUUCUGUUCUUUAACAAUUGCAUCAGUUAU